AUGGCAUCCAACAGCAGUCUUCGGAUCUACGAGGACUUGGCUACUGGAGGAGACCUAUUUUCGUACAUGGCAAAAGGUAACGACGUGCUCCGGCCGGUUGCAGAGACACAGGCGUUGCUAAUUGUCUAUCAGGUGCUCAAAGCUUUGGAAUAUCUUCACUCUCGCGAGAUUGUUCACCGAGACCUGAAGCUGGACAACAUUUUAAUAAGAGGCGCCCCUGUUCGGUAUCCGUACGUGGUUGUGGCUGAUUUCGGGACCGCAAGACAACUCGAUCGGCAAAGAACCAAACGGGCAGCCAGAAGAAUGUUCACAAUGGUAGGGACCCCGGAAUACGCAGCACCAGAGAUUGACCUCAUGCAGUCGCGGAGCACCAAGGGAUACACCAAUAAGGUGGACGUAUGGUCUCUAGGAGUGAUUACGUACAUUCUUCUCACCGGCGUCUCUCCAUUCUACUCCCCUUGCGUUGAGAAAACCACCACCAAAGUCCUACAGGGAGACCUGCUACUCGAGAUCAAAGAAUGGAGCACGAUCUCUCUCGAGGCAAAACAGUUCGUCAAAGGGUGCUUACGAGCCAGAGUGUUGCAAAGGCUGGACGUGGCAGGGUGUUUAGAGACAGACUGGAUCAAUAAGCGCUCGCGCAAAGAGUGGCUGGAGAAAUGCUACCAUACUAUUUUGGGCCAAUGA